AGGAAGGGGGUGUCACUGCCCGACCUUCUCUUCUCUUGCCGGCGGGGAAAGGAAGCGGGCUGUGUUCCCAACUCUGCGUACCACCAACUUGCGUUCGGGACAACGUCAAACCUCUCAGCGGUACCACUUCUACUUCGACGCGUUGGUGUGACCAACAGGUGAAAGCCAUGAAGUGGGGCUGGGUGUUUUGGGGGCUCUUCCUAUCUUUGGGGACCCUGUCCUGGGGGGAGCAGGGCAUGGAGGUCCCCGAGUACGACGGCAAAGACCGCGUCCACGACUUCAACUCCAAGAACUACAAGUCCAUCAUGAAGAAGUACGACGUGAUGGUGAUCUACUACCACAAGAACGUGGACGGGAACCGCAGCGCCAUGAAGCAGUUUCAGAUGGAGAAGCUGGCUCUGGAGCUUGCAGCCCAAGUUCUGGGCGACUUCGACAAUGAGGACAUUGGGUUCGGACUGGUGGACGAAAAGAAGGACUCCGCCGUCGCCAAGAAGCUCGGUCUGGAUGAGGUGGAGAGCAUCUACAUAUUUGCCGACGAUGAGAUCAUCGAGUAUGACGGAGAGCUGGCGGCCGACACGCUGGUGGAGUUCCUCUACGACGUGGUCGAAGACCCCGUGGAGGUCAUCGACAACGACCGCGAGCUGAAGGGUUUCUACAACAUGGACGAGGUCAUCAAGCUCGUCGGCUACUUCAGGAGCGAGAAAUCUCCCCACUUCAUUGAGUUCGACGACGCUGCCGAGGAGUUCCACCCCUUCGUCAAAUUCUUUGCCACGUUUGACCCCAAGAUCGCCAAGAAGCUGAAGAUGAAGAUGAACGAAGUGGACUUCUACGAACCCUUCAUGGAGGAGCCCGUCACCAUUCCAGGAAAGCCCUACAUCGAGUCCGAGCUCGUCGAUUACAUUGAACAGCACGACAGGCCUACUCUGAGAAAGCUCGAGCCCCACAGCAUGUAUGAGAUCUGGGAGGACGACAUCGAUGGAGAGCACAUUGUUGCCUUUGCUGAGGAAGAUGACCCAGACGGUUUUGAAUUCCUGGAAAUCCUGAAGGAGGUGGCGCGCGAGAACACCGACAACCCCAACCUCAGCAUCAUCUGGAUCGACCCCGACGAUUUCCCACUGCUGGUGCCGUACUGGGAGAAGACCUUCGGCAUCGACCUCUCUUCUCCUCACAUUGGGGUGGUUGAUGUUGAAGACGCCGACAGCGUUUGGAUGGAGAUGGACGACGAGGACGACAUGCCAACGGCGGACGAGCUCGAGCAGUGGAUCGAGGACGUCCUGUCUGGAAAGAUUGACCCAGAUGAUGAUGACGAGGACGACGAUGAGGAUGACGACGACGAUGAUGAUGACGACGAUGAUGAUGAUGACGACGAUGAGGAUGACGACGACGAUGAUGAUGACGACGAUGAUGAUGAUGACGACGAUGACGAAGACGACGACGAUGACGACGACGACGACGAUGAUGACGAUGAUGAUGACGACGAUGACGACGACGAAUAAAUGUUGACCAUCAUCUUUCACUCCACUAUAAUUUAGCCAGAAAAUGGCAAAAACCCAAAAGAAGUUCCAUUUUUUUCCUUUUUUUUUCUAACAUCGUGCAGCAAACGCGGGUUGUGUCUUUGCUUCCUGUACGGUCUCCUGUGAGGGACAAACAUAAUGACCCGAGAUGGGAAACUUUUACGGUCAGUCAGGGAGGGAGAUUUUCUAAGAAGCAGAGGAUGUGCACCUGUGUUGAUGAACCGGGUUGCAGCUUAAAAUGUGUUUCGUCCCUUGUUAUUGUAUUCGAGUAUGCUAACUUCUCACAACGAAUGUUAGCCUUCGUUAGCCUUUCUGCUAACGGAGGCUAACACCCAUGACGUCUUCUACCUAAUGUCACAGGCCGGGGUUCAACCCUUUCUCAUGUCUUAUUUUCUACUUGAUGAAGAGAAGAAACAAAGACAUAUAAUAUAUUAUACUGAAGAGAUUAAACCUUAAAUCACUGGACAGUCUUAAGAUUAUUGCAAUCUCGGAAAACGAAUGGGAUUCCGGGGAAUCAAAAAAAUUACAAAAUGAUUUGUUUCUGCUCUCAUAUUAAAAAUGAAAGAAAAGUAUUUGACAACCAA